AUGAAGCGGGUCGAAGUGUACGAAUGGGCGAUCGCGGCCGCGUUCCGGCGGUACCACCUGACGCCCCUGGUCGCCCGGACGGAAAUCAUCCGGUGCCACUUGUUGGCGCUGUUUGGUGUGGACGGACGCGGUCGCGACGGACGGGGCUGA